AUGCCCUAUGCCUCCCGUCGCCCCCCACCCAACCGCCAAGAAGAGGCCGCUAAUAGUGACCUCUCCUUGAUGCAGCUGGUCCUCGAACGAAGCCGAAGUUUCACAAAGACAGCUGAAGACAUCAAGCAGGAAGAACUACUCAGACGAUCAGCCGAAAGAAGACACAAUUUUGACAACCUUGGUGCCCUUCCAGCACCUGCAGUUGCCAGACCACCAGUCACCAAAGCAAGGAAUGAGGCACCAGGUAUUGUUAACACUACGGCAGCGUCUAACAGUACGAACAAUACCGAGGCCGACGAUCUUGCCUUGUUGAAAGUUGUAGCUGUGCGAUGCUCAACUGCCAGUAGAGAAGAGGCAGAAUUGGCAAAAAGCACUAACCAGGGCUACAUAGCAGUGGGGGUUGGAAUCAGACCCAUCGGAACACAAACUCUCAAUCCUGGUGAAUACGUUUCUGAAAAAGGGGACACUGUCAUUGCCGCGCAAACAAGCGUUGAUGAUGCUGCGAGACCCAGCAUGGUGGCAACAGAUAGCCACGCCCCUCCUGAUGCUACUGGGGAUGCUACACUGAAGCCUUCAUCGAAUCCAGCUGUGGGCAAUGAAUAUGACCAUCACACUGGGCAUCCGAUGACUGAGCAAAUCCUAUCACCAGGGUCUGUUACUCCUGGUGCAUAUACAGGAACGCCAGGUGCCGAUUAUCAAGCGGUGGAACCAGUGAGAUUGGAUGUGUUGGGUGCAUCUUCUCAGCCAAGCCAGGAGGCCCCAGGACAAAUAAUAGAAGAGGCAGAAGUCAAUACUACCGAGACUGUGGAGAAGAAAAGAAACCCGGUUGUGGUGGGGGCGGCAAUUGCUGUACUGGCGGUAGUUAUCAUUCUGGCAAUUGCCAUUCCACUGGCUGUUGGAGGGGGAAUGGAGAAUCCCCUAAAUUGGAGAAUAACCAAGAACACAAGACACUGCUUCCCAAUGCCCCAAGUUCCACGUGGGAAUCCAUUGUCAGCGAUCAAGAAUCUCCUCAAUUCAGAGCCUGCACCUGGCUGA